UCCACUGGAAGCGGCUCUCCGGUUCAGACUCCCCGCAGGAGAACCAGUGGGCGGACCGGCGAGAGGAAAGUUGACAGAAACCAGCAGCAGGAUUCCAGCCGAACUCCGCGGAACCGACGCUUCCUGACGGCAAACAGCUCCCCGACAGCCGCUGACGGAAUAAAAGGAACCGCGAAGACGGAGGAGAAGGUGCGGACUCAGCGGCUACAGGUAGCCCCAGCUGUCUGGAGGGUCAUGCGGAUCUCUGAGCUGUGAACCGCCGCAGACGAAGAGAACGAAGCCGCCAGCAGAGGGAGGACCGACGGACGGAGGAGGAGAGCCAGCAUGUCCCGGAGAAAGCAGAGCAAACCCCGGCAGAUUAAACGUUCCCACGGGGAUCUGGACGGUGGAGAGGAAAACACAGCGGAGACGCCGAGCGUAUCAGGCGAGGAGGGCGGAGCCUCGGAUCCAGAGGAUUCAGCAGAAGGAGACAGCUGCAGCCCGCCAUCGUACACGGCGCUCUACAAUGAAGAGUCGGGGAUGCAGGACUCAGGAGGAGGAGCCGACGAUGAUGAUGUCGAAGGGGAGGAGCCGGCUGCUCUGCAGAGUGGCAGCGAGGAGGAGGAGGAGGAUGGGGAGGAAGAGGAGGAGAUGCUACAGUGGAGCGGUCCAGAUGAGCUGCAGCUGAGCGAUGAAGACGGUGGCAGCAGCGUGGUGGCGGUCAGAGACCUGCAGCCCGACACCGUUUGGGGCCCGGUGCCGGGAGUCCUCCAAUCAGACGGCAGCACAGAGAACUCGGCGCUCACUCUGCUCUGCGAACAGGCAGACUCCUGGAUUAAACGCCUUCCUCUGACCUCUGACCCUUCGGCAGCCAACUGCAGCAUCUACAGCCGAGGUGAGGAGCUGUUCUGUAAGGUCACCACAGAGGUCAGGGCUGGUGGAAAGAUCCUCGCUUCUCUGUCGCCGCCUUCCUCUUCCUCCUCCUCCUCUUCCUCGCUGGCAGCCCAGCUGUCUCCUCCACUGCAGCCAGCGGUGAAGGAGGAGCCUCUGUACCCGGCGGCGCUGCGCUCCGACAUCCAGCUGCUUCCCCAGCAGGCCGGCAUGGCGGCCAUCUUGGCGACCGCGGUGGUCAACAAGGAUAUUUUUCCAUGCAAAGACUGUGGGAUCUGGUACCGCAGUGAGCGGAACCUGCAGGCCCACCUCAUGUACUACUGCGCCAGCCGGCAGAAGCAGCCGGCUGCGGCCUCUUCGCCCCCGCAGGACAAGCCCAAAGAGUCGUACCCCAACGAGCGCAUCUGCCCAUUCCCACAGUGCAACAAAAGCUGCCCCAGCGCCAGCUCUCUGGAGAUCCACAUGCGCACACACAGUGGUGAGCGUCCGUUCGUUUGUCUCAUCUGCCUUUCAGCCUUCACCACUAAAGCGAACUGUGAGCGCCAUCUUAAGGUCCACACAGACACACUAAACGGCGUCUGUCACGGCUGCGGCUUCGUCUCCACCACGAGAGACAUCCUCUAUAGCCACCUGGUCACCAGCCACAUGGUGUGCCAGCCGGGAUCUCGCAGUGAGGUCUACUCUCCUGGACCAGGCCUUCCCAAACUGCCCCUCUCCACUGGUCUAAGCCCCGGAGACUCCGGUGUGGUGCUCAAGUGUCAGGUUUGUGGCCAUAACGCUGACUCACCCGCCCAGCUGCAGCAGCAUGUUCGGACCCACCUGGAGGUCAGGGUCCCGGCUGAAAGGAGCCCUACUCCUCGCCAGAGCGCCCCCUUGUCAGCCGAGCAGCCCCAACUGUCCCCACAUGAGAGGGAACCACUAGCUUGUGUUCCCAAACCAGAUUCAUCAAGUCCAGGAGCAAACGGGGGAUCAGCAACGCCUCGAGACUUCAGUUCUCCUGACGCUCAGACUUCAGAGCUGAAGAUCAAGGAGGAGCCGCAGUCAGAAUCGGAGACAGAGGAGCAGCAGAUGGAAAUGAAAGAGGAUGCGGAGGAGGAGGGUGUUGGUGGCGAGGAUCCGGAUCAAGAAGUACGAAAGACUACAAAGGAAGAGCCAACUAUGAACUCUUCCUGUCAAGCACCAAACUCUCCAAAGAGUCCCCCUAACCCAACCGUUAAGGCCGAACCAACCAGUCCCACACCUGGUUCCAGUCCUGCCCACGUUGGAGGAACAGGUUCAGGCGUCGCAGGAGGAUCAAUCUUCCUUCCCCAGUACAUGUUAAACCCUGAAGCAGCCAUCCUGCCACAGGCAUCAGAGAUCCUGGCAAAGAUGUCCGAGAUGGUCCACAGUCGGCUGAAACAGGGCCAGGCGGUCAUUCAGAGCAACGCGGCCACCUUCUUCACCUCCGGACCUACCACGGCUGCAGCUGCAGCAACUGCCACUCCACCCCAGAAAGGAGCCACCUGCUUUGAGUGUGACAUCACUUUCAAUAACAUCAACAACUACUAUGCACAUAAGAGGCUUUACUGUUCCAGCAGACACCAGGGAGAGGGUGCAAGCUCAACCUCAGGGUCCGGAGUCUCUGCGCCUGCAGCUUCUGGUGGACUUCCCAGCUCGUCUCCUCAGAUCGGAGCAUCAAGCAGAGCCGCGUCCGUCUCACCAACAAACUCUGAGCCUCCUGCAGGAACCGGAGUGGCAGAAUCUAAGAGGCUAGUUGAGGUAAAGACAGAAACUCCUACAGGGAAAGAAGGAGUGUCGUCCUCUUCAGAGGGUGAAGGUGGUGGAGGAGGAAGGGCAAGCGAAGGCAGUCAAAGUCCUGCCAGCGGUUCUACAGAGGACAUGGAGGACGACCCUAACAAAACCUUCUGCGAGGCCUGCAACAUCCGCUUCAGCCGUCAUGACAACUACACCAUUCACAAACGGUUCUACUGCGCGUCUCGCCAUGACCCAUCCAACCAGCGGGCCACCCACAUGUCCAAGACCUCCAACACCGCAGCCUUCCUUCCUCAGCCCAUCCGCACUCGCAAGAGGAAAAAGAUGUACGAGAUCCACAUGGCUCGAACAGAGGCACUAGCUAACGCCGCCGCUGCUGCCACCACCUCCGCGGCUUCUGCUCCCUCUCCUUCCGUUCUGGGUUUGGUGGUGAAGCAGGAAGUAUCUCCUGGCGGUGCGGGGGGCUCCAGCCCCGAAGGAGAGGGCCCCAUAGACCUGAGCAAGAGACCUCGGUUGAGGGAGACUCCUCGGCACAACAGUGGCGGCGGGAUUCUCCCGGCGCUUCCUCUAACCGAUUACCACAAGUGCACCGCCUGCAGCAUCAGCUUCAACAGCAUUGAGAACUACCUGGCCCAUAAGACCUACUACUGCCCGGCCACCACUCUGCAGCCCCACACCCUGGAGCAGCUUCACAGGCUCAAGAGGUCGGCCUCCACUUCCCCUAAGAGCAGACCCCAACAGGAGCGGCUGGACCUCCUCCAUCCUGCUGAGGCUAAAGCAUUGCCUGCUGAGUGGGUUGCCCAGGGUCAAGGGGCGUCCCCCAGCCCUCGCCCCUCUGCCUUACCCGCUUCUGGUGCAGCAUCUCCCUCGCAUGCAACACUCGCAGCCACUCCAGGAGCCGGAGCUAAAGGAGCGGCUGCCAGUUCCUCCCUAGCGGUCUGCCCGUACUGCCCGAACCGGCCCAUCACCUGCGACCUGGUGGAGCACUUCAAGACCACCCAUGGGCUGGUCUUAACCGUUCAGCGUCCGGCGGAGACCCCGCCGCGGCCCGGCAGGGCGGUCAGCCGCAGCCCAAGCCUCAGUCCCAGGGAUGGGGUCACCGGCGCCACCACCCCCACCAACCAGGCCAAGAUGGCCUCCCGAGUCCACAGAGACAGCGUUAACGGACAGUCCUGCAGCGGCGCUGCUUCCCCUGCGUCCCCGCAGGUGAACGGCAGCCCGUCAGUUGCGGGAGGAUCGCCUUCUUCUGCCUCUCCCCUCCCCGUGUCUCCGCCCCGCGGCCCCUCUCUGACUGUCUCACCCGUGCCUGAGGCUCCGCGGGAGAAGGUGGCGCCCGUCCACCUUCCCGAGAGCCCGGCAUCCAAUCCCAUCGCCGGACCCAAAAUGGCGGUAAUCUCUCCGGUCCAGAACGGUAACUCCCGCUUCUGCCGGCUGUGCAACAUCAAGUUCAGCAGCCUUUCCACGUUCAUAGCUCACAAGAAAUACUACUGCUCCUCCCACAGCGCUGAACACGUCAAGUGAACUCUCUAAUCUCUCUUCUUCCCCAUCUCCCAUGUCUUUCUGAGUGGACUGAACGCAGAGAGGCGCCCCCUGUUGGAGGAACCAACACAGAUGACUGUUACGUCCCAUUUUCUGCAGGUGGUGUUAGGAACUCAGUGGUUUCCUCUCCAAAUGGGUCAGUUUUCACACACUAAGAGCUGAGACGCGUCCUCGUCACCUUCCCGACCUGAACGGAGGGAAAUUUCAGACUCAAUCGUUGUUAAUGUUUUUAUUCUCUGUGCAUAAUGUAUGAUGUCUGAAAACAGAAAUCUAUGAUGCUUUUGUUUUAACACUGGCUCUUGUUUUAGUUUUUUUCUGGGUGGAAAAAGCAGAGAUCCCCGUGUUACUAAUUUACUGAAGGAUGGACGCUUUCUUUUCAUACGCGCAACUUUGUUUUUGUUUUUUCUUCAAAGAGCAAGGGAGAAAAGAAAUGUGAAAUAUUUAUCUUUGAGUCCUCACUGAUUUCACGUCGACAGAAAACUACCUACCUGUUAUCUGAGAGUAUUUGUAUUUUUUAUUUGUAUAUUUUUUCAUACUGUCUGAAGGCCGUGAUUGGAUCAGGUGAGCUGAAGUGACUUUUCUAAGUGUAGAUAUGUAAUAUCUUCUCACAGUAAUCACUGGGAUCACACUGAGCUUUGUUAUUAUCACGUUAGCAUUUUGUUAGCUGGUGGUGAGGUUCAUUUUUAUUUUUUAAUUUUUCUUCUCUGCUUGUUGCUGAUUAGAUGUUCGAUUAGAUCGCAGCGGCUCGCUGAUUGUUGAAGAUGAUGAUGAUGAUGAAGCCCCGCGGGUUUCAGGUUAAAUUAGUUUUUAUCCGGUGAUGAAGGCACAUCGUUGUGUUUACGCCACAUGUUCCCAUGCAGCAGGACAGUGUUAGCUCAAACUGUGAAAACUUUUUGAUUUGGAAUAGACGCAUCAGGACACAGUGGGGACGAUCUAUCACAUCUUCACUCAGUCUGAUAUUCUGGCACUUAAAGCUUCGUAAACUGGUUUUAACCUCAUGUUCCCUCAGAAUAAUAUUUCUUCUUCCAACAUUUUGGAUUUGAUCUGAUCAGACACAUAAGCAGCCUGAAAACUGUCUCCAUCCUGCACAAAAUUAAGAAAUGAACAAGGAAAACUUUUUUUGCUGCUGAUUUAAAGGUCCAUUAUGUGGGAAAUGUAACUUACAUUUAGCAGGAGGCAGAUCUGCUGCUAAAUGCAAGUGGUUUGGUUUGUCCCCUCUCUGUUACAGUAGUUGUUUGUUGAAAUCUCACCAAGUAUUUUUGGUCUAGUGCAGUGCUUCUCAAUUAUUUUCCGUUACGCCCCCCCUAGCAAGAAGAAAACUAUUUGCGCCCCCCACUCCCCACCGUGACUAUCCAUCUCUGCAUAACAUUUUUUCCUUAUUAACAUUUUUUUCGCUGAAAAAACUCUAGCGGCUUAUCGGCGUGAUUGGGAUGUAACGUAUUUAAGUGACGCGCUAAUUUAUUUGGCUUCAUGCUGUCCACUGCGAGCAUUUUUAGACACAGCAAACACACCGGUCUUUCCUCUUCUCCAACUGUAGCCACAGUGAAGCCAAGCGCUAAAUACGCUUCGUCGUAUUUCCUCGUCUUAGCUUUCGGUUGACUUUCUGUUGUCUCAUUAUCUUUGUCUCUCUCCGCUUUUCUUUUCAUCCCUGUGAAAAACUUUUUCAUGUUGGGGGUUGUUGAAUAACGGAGGCCAUAGACAGAACGCAGUCGGAGCUUUUUGUUGACUUAACACUGCUAACCAAGGCAAACCUGUUGUCUUGUAAGUCAUGAAAUGUUGCACUGUCGCAAACGUGACAGAAGUAACAAUGAGAGCGCCACUGCCGCCUACUGUGCGCAAUUACACUUUAUACUAGUACAGCCAAAAAAAAAGCCUGUUCCCCAGGAUCACACGCGCCCCCCCAGGUAUCGCACCGCGCCCCCCAAAGGGGGCCCGCCCCACUAUUUGAGAAGCACUGGUCUAGUGCAAGUAACUUAACACACUUGAAAUAAGGCAAAACUAACUCACAAGUAACUUUUCAGCAAGAUGGAGGAGCUUGUUUUCAGUAAAUAAGUUAUUAAUGCUGAUGAGACACGACUGAAAAUGUCUUGUUAUAAGUGAAAUAUUCUGCCAUGGAACUAGUUUCUUAAUCUGUUUUAAGGACUUAUUUAUCUAAAACCAGCUCCUAUAACUGCUGAAAGUUACUUGUGAGCGAGUUUGGUCUUUUUUCAAGAUGUUUGCACCAGAAUAUUAACAUUUUGUUGAUGGAAAAAAAAGAGCUUCUACCAAAAAACUCAGAAGUUUUCAAAAAAAGACAAGGACAUUUUUGAGCCCCUAAAAGUCAAACAUUUGCUAGAAACAACUCAGAAUAUUUUAGAUUAAUUUCAGAAAAUGUCUAGAAAAAACAGAAAAUUCUGAGAUUAAAAAGCUGAAAUGCUUUACUAUAAAAACUGAACAUUUCCAAACAUUGAAUACUUUUUACUGCUAAACUUAAGUUUUUUUCUAGUUUUUUCAAACUCAGAAAUUGACAUUAGCAGCAUAAAAUAAUAUGACAUUGGGAACAAGAACAUUUUCAUCAAUAUUAAGGAACUGUUGUCUUAAAACAAGCUCCUGUAUCUUAUUGAAAAGUAACUUAUAAGUUAAUUUAGUCUGAUUUGAGAUUUACUAAGACAAUGACACUAAAAUACUUGGUAAGAUUUGGUGUUUUUGCAGUGGCUCCACCUCACUGUACCAUUAUGGACCUGUAACUAAAUGGGACCCAGAAAUGGUACGGGUCACUCACAUGUCCCACUGUCACAAUUGAAACGGACUAAAUAACGUACCAAAUCGCACUGACCAGCGCCAUACGACGCAAAGGUCAAACACAACGGUUAAUAAUUGGUUUUCUGCAGGUUGAUCAUGUGAGACCAAGUUUGUGACCCAGUCAGGGUUUUUGACUGGGAGGUUUAGGCAAUAAAAUUACCAAUUUGACCAAGUUUAAACGAGACGCCACCAAUUCUCACCUAGAAAAUUCUGUUAAAUGAGACAUAAUGAAGGAUUCAUUAAUAACUUUCACACUGGAUGAAGAUCUUGCUACUCUGUUCUGGACCUCAACAAUCUUUUGGACAUGGUUGGAAACUUGACCUGCUGCACUGUCAGCAUCACACAACUAGGUUUUACCACCAUUUUUCAUGUCGGAGAGAUAUUUCAUCACACUCUAUAGGUCAAUAAUUCCCUAAUGUUGAUUGAAAAACAUAAACGAGACAUUUUCCCAGUGAAAUAAUCUGCCUGUGGAACCAGUACUGCAUUGAAAUGAAUGUAAAAUAGCAUCAUUCUUUUGAGGCUAUUUAGGUAACAUAUUGAUGAUAAUAAUUAAAGUUUGCAAUCUUAAAUAUAAGUAAACAUUAAUUUUGUAGACGAUGUCAAAUCUCCCCCAGAAAAUAAACACAACCAAAAACAAUAAAAAAAAUGGCAAUAAAAAUCCCAAACAACCGAAACCGUAUCAAAGAGGAUUUCAAAGUCUAACAACAGUUUAUUUCAGUUUAUUUCAGUUUUAAUAUCUCAUGCGACUAACUGGUGGGUUUUCUGGGCAUGCUCAGAGCGCUUCACAACAGGAAGCACGUUUUGAUGCGCUGUAAUUUGGUCUCCAUUCAUUUCCAUGUCCUCUCAGUAUAUCCUGUUUGUGUUCUUUAUAUAUAAAAUGUUCAGAUCCUCUAUUGACUGGUUUCUGGAACAUGCUAGUAACAUUUCAUCAGGGUGGAAGUUCCUAAAUUCUCCGUCAGUUUUUAGCUGUUUGUGUUUCCUGCAGCCUCAAACGCAAUCUUUUGCAAUUAUUCACUGCAAAAACUUAAAUUUUACCAUGUAUUUUUGUCUAGUUUAUAAUGCAAAUAUAUUCGGACACUUGAAAUAAGACAGAACUAACUUAUAAGUAAAUGUUCAGAAGAUACAGUAGCUUGUUUUGAGUCAAUAACUCCUUAAUUGUACCGGCAGAUGAUUUCACAUGUAACAUGGGGAAAUGUUUUGUUAUAAUCUGCCAGUGGAACAAGAACUUUUUAAUAAUUAUUGAUUUAAAACAAGCUCUUAUAUCUUGCUGACAUGUUUCUUGUGAGUUGGUUUUGUCUUAUUUAAAGCCAGACAGAAGUAGUUGGUGGGAUUUCGUGGUUUUUGCGUGUUUGAAGCGUUUUCAUGCCGUUCUUCGCCCCGCUGUGCUCUGCAGCUCUUCCACCUCCGAGGGAACCGAGCGUCCAGUUGAACUCAGCCCAGUUUGUUGCACUGUGUCAAAAUGUGCUGAAAGUUUUUAGUUUUAGCUAUUUUUUUGUUUUAUUUUUCUAACGUAUUUAUGUUACGCAGCACUUUUUCCCGGCCUGAAUGCGUCAUCGCUCACUUUGAAGGACUUUUUCUAAGAUUUUCCUUUUUUUUUUCAUUAAUUCAACAUGUUUUGAUAAUUUCUUUGUCUAUAAUGGAGAAAAUCACAUCGAAUGUCAAACACUUUUUUUUAAUAUAUUUCUUUUCAGCUCCACUACACUCUUGUCCAACUAUGCAUGGGAAAUAAAAAGUUCUGAGAGACACUGA